AUGUUGCGGGCCAUCUCGAUAGUAGCAGCAGUUGCUGUUUGUAGUGUUAGUGCCGGAGGCGGUUACGGGUACAACUCGUACAGCAAACCCGUACUUCCACCUCUACCACCUCCACCGAUGCCCGAACCAAUCGCCGAACCCCCGCCACGCGUCUACAAUAAGCCAACCUACAAUCCAGUGCCGCUUCCGGCUCCCGAGCCCGUACCUGAGCCCGUUGCCGAACCUCCGCCACCUCCUCCUCCGACUUACAAUAAGCCUGUCUACUCUCCUCCUCCUCCACCGAUGCCGGAGCCUCUGCCAGAGCCCGUAGCGGCCCCUCCACCACCGCCUGUUGUCCCUAGUUACAACAAGCCAGCGUAUUCGGCGCCCCCGGUAGUCCCCGAGCCUCUUCCUGAGCCGGUGGCCGCUCAUCCACCUCCACCAAUGAACAGCUACAACAAGCCCGGCUAUAACAGCUACAGCGGAGGGCAUGGUCAUGGUAUGGGAGGAUUUGGAGGGCGCGGAGGACCGACGGUUAUUGAAGAACGGGUCGUUAGCUUUGGUCCCUCAUUUGGCGGUGGGGGCGGCAUGGGCGGCGGAAUGGGUAUGGGCGGCAUGAACGAUAUGGGCGGAAUGGGCGGGGGUUUUGGCGGCAACUACAACUCGCACGGAAAGUACGGUGGCGGGAAUAGCUAUGGCGGCGGUGGCAAUAGCUACAGCCGAGGCGGAGGAUACGGAAAA